CUGAACUGAAUCAUGUCUGGACGCGGAAAAGGAGCCGGUAAGACCAGGGCCAAGGCCAAGACCCGCUCCUCCAGGGCCGGACUCCAGUUCCCGGUGGGUCGUGUCCACAGACAUCUGAGGAAGGGCAACUACGCCCAGCGUGUCGGUGCCGGAGCUCCGGUCUACCUGGCGGCGGUGCUCGAGUACCUGACCGCUGAGAUCCUGGAGCUGGCCGGUAACGCGGCCCGCGACAACAAGAAGACCAGGAUCAUCCCCCGUCACCUGCAGCUGGCUGUCCGCAACGACGAGGAGCUCAACAAGCUGCUGGGCGGAGUCACCAUCGCUCAGGGCGGCGUGCUGCCCAACAUCCAGGCGGUGCUGCUGCCCAAGAAGACCGAGAAGCCCGCAAAGAAGUGAAGACCCCCGGGACCGACUGACCAACACAACGGCUCUUUUAAGAGCCACACACCCUGAACCAGAGAGAAGCUGCUUCCUGCACUAUUAUGUUCAUUCAUGAUUAUAAGUUCGAAGAAUUGAUAAAUAGUAAAACGUAUGUCCGAAUAAGAACAUUGGAAACUUAUAAAUUAGCAAAAAAAGCAUAAAUGUAUAGUCUUGUUUUCGAUUUCUACUUCAUACACAUUCACCUGGUUUAGAACGAAUUAAUGACUACCUAGUUUUCACUGAUUUGGAAUAUAAUUAAAAUGUAAUGGUUUUUUAUCAGGAUUCCAGUUAAUAUGCAUGAACCUCUAAAAUUUGAUGGAGUGACUUAAGAUCAAUCUUGAAAAGGACUUCUCAAAGUUAAUGUGGUUUGGGUUAAGAUUCCCGUGAAUGUGAAACCACUUCCUACCGUAAUGCCUAGUAUAGACACGUGGCUUGAACCAAGUCCGUGUUAUCACGUGAAUAACGAUAAAAUCGCUCUUUCAAAUUCAUAUAUUUA